AAUGUACCAACAGGCAUUAUUAAAGACAACUAAACGCGGGGCUGUCGCAAGGACCCAAACAACAAGUACUUGAAGUAAACAUUGGAGUUCACGCUCAAAUUCUCUGACUUCCAGCUUUUUCAGACUCCUCAGUGUGGAUAAAAUGAACAACAUGUCCCCUGAGGUUGCACUGAACCGGAUCUCACCUGAGUUGCGGCCCUUGCUGUGCAGCGUGGUGAGGAACGGCCGGGUGGGACUCGACUCCACAAACUGUCUCCGUGUCACAGACCUCAAAACAGGAUGUACGUCUUUAACUCCUGGUCCUUGCUGUGAUCGCUUUAAACUUCACAUCCCCUACGCUGGAGAAACCCUGAAAUGGGAUAUCAUAUUCAAUGCACGGUAUCCAGAAUUGCCUCCAGAUUUUAUUUUUGGAGAAGAUGCAGAGUUCCUCCCUGAACCCUCUGAGCUACCACACUUGGUCCACUGGGAUGCUGGGAACCCAGAAUGUUUACUCCAGCUGGUGAAGGAGCUCAUCCAGCAGUACCAUCACUACCAGUGCCAGCGUCUACGUGAAAGCUCCAGACUGCUCUUUGAGUAUGACAGCCUUCUAGAAGAUCCCAACUAUGGUCACAGCAUGGAGAUUUAUGCAGGACGCAAAAACAGCUGGACGGGAGAAUUUUCAGCACGUUUCCUUCUCAAGCUCCCUGUGGAUUUCAGCAAUAUCCCUGUCUAUCUCCUUAAGGACACAGCACUGGACCCUGGAGAGGAUGUGGCCCUUCUGUCAGUGAGCUUUGAGGAUGCUGAGGCUACCCAGGUCUUCCCUAAAUUGUACCUUUCGCCCAGCAUUGAACAUGCUCUGGGAGGCUCCUCUGCGCUUCAUAUCCCAGCAUUUCCCAGUGGAGGAUGCCUAAUUGAUUAUGUCCCUCAAGUGUGUCAGUUACUCACCAACAAGGUGCAGUAUGUAAUCCAAGGCUACCACAAGAGGAGAGAGUACAUCGCUGCUUUUCUCAGCCACUUUGGGACGGGAGUGGUGGAGUAUGAUGCUGAAGGAUUCACUAAGCUCACGCUUCUGCUCAUGUGGAAGGACUUCUGUUUCCUAGUGCAUGUGGAUCUCCCGCUGUACUUCCCCAGGGACCAGCCCACCCUCACCUUCCAGUCUGUGUACCACUUCACCAACAGCGGCCAGCUCUACUCUCAGGUGCAGAAGUCGUAUCCCUACAGCCCGCGCUGGGAUGGAAACGAGAUGGCCAAGAGGGCAAAGGCAUACUUCAAGAGCUUCAUCCCUCAGUUCCAAGAGGGAGCCUUUGCCAACGGGAAACUCUAGUACUCUCUAACUUAAUGACAUGCCUGGAGAGCUGCCUGUGGGAGUGUGUAUGUGAGUUGGUGUUGGUGUGCCUGUACAUCUGUAUGCACAGACUUAGAUUUGUGAAAUGCACUGUACGGUAACAGUACAGUGAGAAUGAUUGUGUGUUUAUUGCACAGACUCUGUGAAUUCCACAUUUUUUCACCUUGCAUUGGUCACCUCUUAGUCAGUACCUUCACUUUUUCUUGUAGUCGUAGAGAGAAGCCACUCUCCUGUAGAACAGUAAAUGUCCAGGCACUGCUGCACACUGCAGCCAAAACCCGGCUGUAAUGAUAAUUAAUUCUAACUAUUGCCAGCACAGCCGAGCGCCUUUAUUUUGAGAAGAAACUCCACACUCUAACAGGCCCUUAAUGUGACGACGUGUACUGUACAACUUGUGUGUUCGACCGAUCAGUGAAGAGUUUUUUCUUGUGUUGUGCCAAUAACGCCUGGCUUCAAGCAGUUAAACCCCAGAAGUUUAGACUCACAACACUCCAUACAGAGAUACUGUGAUGGGAACACACAUGGACAUCACAAAGAGCUGUAGGGAUGAUGCAAAUGAUCUUUGUUUACUGUUGUUUUGCCUUUUUUCACUCAAAUGAUUGUCGCAUUUGGCUCUUUUAUCCUUGUUAAGAUGAUCUCUGACUUGCCUUUUAGUUGUUAAAUGCUGUAUGUUUAAUUUGUUUAAAGCUCUGUGAACUAUUUUCCUGACAUGCUGACAGUACUGUAAGUUACUGACAAUUGUGUUUUGUCAAAUUUCUAUUCAGUAAAAAAAGUGUUUCCCCUGACAGUGUCUUAUUUUGCUAGAAUUGGUCUACACUGUUGGUGGUUGUUAGGAGAUUGUCUUUGUGAAAUAUAGAUUGUUUAAAUACACUGAAAAUAUCUUUGGAAGUAUGUCCUUUAUACGUUUGUUUUCCUUUUGUUUUUUUUAAAGACAAGCAGCAGCUAAGAGAGAGUUGAGCCACUUCCAUGUCAAAUGCAGUAGGACAAUAAAGAUGUAACAUUCACACAUUAUUGACCUAGAAACAUUCACAGCUUCAGGACAGUAUGAUUAGAGAAACACAGCAUAUUUAAAAUAAAUAUGAAAGCAGUAAAACCA